UAGAAAACCUAAAAAAUCAUGAGGAAAAUAGAAAACAUGAGGGCACCUCGCUGCACGUUCCACCCUCCGUACCUCUCCUCCUCCACUCCUGACCACCCUCCAACGUUCCCUCCCUGGAAGGAAGUGGGCCGCCUCCCGAUCUCCCCACACCGACAAUGCUGCCGCGCCGCGCGCGGGCGCGCGGGCGCCGGCGCUGCUAGGAUCCUCGCGCGACCCGGCGCCACGCCGGCGAGAACCCCGACCACCACCUGGCGGGGGCGAGGGCGACCAAUGCGCGAGCGCGCCCGGCACGCGACCCGGGUGUCACCGAUGCCGCCGCCCGCGGGUGGCGAGGACCCCGAGGCCGACGCGGCGCCCUCCUGCAGCGGCAGCGGCUCCGCCGACGAAGCCGACCCGCACGAGCGGGCGCUCCCCAACGGCGACAUCUACACGGGCCAGUGGCGCGGCGCCGUUCCCCACGGCGCCGGCAAGUACCUCUGGGCGGACGGCUGCAUGUACGAGGGCGAGUGGCGCCGGGGCAAGGCCACCGGCCGCGGCAGGUUCUCCUGGCCCUCGGGCGCCACCUACGAGGGCGAGUUCCUCGACGGCUUCAUGCACGGCGCCGGCACCUACGUUGGCGCCGCGGGGGACACCUACCGCGGCGUCUGGGCUAAGAACCUCGAGCACGGCGCCGGCGAGAAGCGCUACGCCAACGGUGACCGCUACGACGGCGAGUGGCGCGCGGGGCUCCCCGACGGCUGCGGGCGCUACGCCUGGCGCGACGGCACCGAGUACGCCGGCGGCUGGCGCGCGGGGCUCAUCCACGGCCGGGGCGCGCUCGUCUGGGCCAAUGGCAACCGCUACGAUGGCGGCUGGGAGGGCGGCCGCCCCCGCGGCCAGGGCACCUUCCGCUGGGCCGACGGCAGCCUCUACGUUGGCUUCUGGGGCCGCGAGGCUCCCAGCGGCGCCGUCCAUCAGAAGGGCGUCUACUACCCGUCCCCGGCGGCGACGGGCGACUCCCCACGGGCGCGCGACCCGAGGGAGGUGUUCGCACGGGACCUGCCGGAGUGCGUGCGCUCCGGCACCGAGGCCCAAUCUGCGCUCACGUCUCUGAGAUCCCUCAAAUGGCUGAUGCGGUCGGUCAGCGGCCGCGGGAGCUCGUCGUCUGGUCGGAGCAAUGGCUCGGGAGGCAGCCUCGUGCACUUCUGGGGGUCGGACGGGGAGGUCAAGUGCGAGCUUGGGGACGACUGGAGACGGCGGAGCGUCAGAGAAGGGAGGGGGCUGCCACCACCGUCGCCCGCUCUGGCUCCACACCUCCCCAUCCCCAACGGCGCGCCCCUGCGGCUGUCCAAGAAGCAGGGGAUGACCAUUGCCAGAGGGCACAAGAACUACGAGCUAAUGCUCAAUCUGCAGCUCGGGAUCAGGCAUGCAGUAGGAAGGCAAGGUCAAGUUUUAUUAGACCUGAAAUCAUCAGCAUUUGAUCCAAAAGAGAAAGUGUGGACAAAAUUCCCUCCAGAAGGCUCAAAAUAUACCCCUCCACAUAAUUCUUGUGAUUUCAAAUGGAAGGAUUACUGCCCAAAGGUGUUCCGGACACUCCGUAAGCUGUUCAAGGUUGACCCAGCUGACUAUAUGUUGUCCCUCUGUGGAAAUGAUGCUCUUCGUGAGCUCUCAUCCCCUGGCAAGAGUGGAAGCUUCUUUUACUUGACGAAUGAUGAUCGUUACAUGAUAAAAACAAUGAAGAAAGCUGAAGUGAAGAUGCUUCUGAGGAUGCUUCAAGCUUACUACAAUCAUGUCCGUGCAUUUGAGGAUACCUUAGUGACAAAGUUCUUUGGCCUACAUUGUGUGAAAUCUGGAGCACACCAGAAGAAGGUUCGUUUUGUGAUAAUGGGAAAUUUGUUCUGCUCUGAUCAUACUAUCCAUAGGCGAUUUGAUCUGAAAGGAUCAUCUCUUGGCCGUAUAACUGACAAGCCACCAGCAGAGAUUGAUGAGUAUACAACUCUGAAAGACCUUGAUCUUAACUUUAUCUUUCGGUUACAGAAACAUUGGUACCAAGAGUUUCAAAGCAGGCAAGUGGACAAGGACUGUGAGUUCCUCGAGCAGGAGAAGAUUAUGGAUUACAGUCUAUUGGUGGGUGUACAUUUUAGAGGUGCCAUUGACAUUGAUGGUGACAAACCUGCAACACCUCGUGUUUCAAGAUGGGACAGGGAUCAUUUUCGUUCUGAUCCAAAUAGAUGGUCAAAAAUUAAACUUGGAGCAAACAUGCUGUCUAGAGCUGAACUGACAAUCCGAAGGAACGAUAGUGAUGUUUUUGGAGAGCCAACUGGGGAGUACUGUGAUGUUAUCUUAUACUUUGGGAUUAUAGACAUACUUCAAGACUAUGAUAUUGGCAAAAGGCUAGAGCAUGCAUACAAAUCUUUCCAAUACGAUUCGACAUCCAUUUCAGCGGUUGAUCCAAAACAGUAUUCCAGGCGCUUCAAAGAUUUCAUAUACAAAGCUUUCCAAGAAGAUAAACUAUACAGCGAAUUCAGCAGCUUCUUAGGAAGGCGUCAGGAUGAUUGGGUCGCUGGAGCACCUGGUGAUCUCACAGAUCCGGUUUUGCGGGGGGCGCGGGUCUCUGGAUGGGGACAACACGUGCGGCAUUGCUGCCGAGAGGAGGUGCGAGAGCGACGCUUUUGGAGGACCAAGACGACGACGAGGGGGCGCGCCGCGACGGUGAGGGUGGAGGACGCCGGCGAUGGGAGGGGGCUGCCGCCGCCGUCGCCGGCGACGGGGCCCUACGCCGGCGGUAGGUCCCGCGGCCCGCGGCGGCAGGGCGAGACCAUAGCCAAGGGCCACAAGAACUACGAGCUUAUGCUCAACCUGCAGCUCGGCAUCAGGCAUGCAGUAGGAAAGCAAGGUCCAAUUACACUUGAUCUUAAGUCAUCAGCUUUUGACCCAAAGGAGAAAGUAUGGACAAGGUUCCCUCCGGAAGGCUCAAAAUACACCCCUCCACACAGUUCUUGUGAUUUCAAAUGGAAGGAUUACUGCCCGCAAGUAUUCCGGACAUUGCGCAAGUUGUUCAAGGUUGAUGCCGCAGACUAUAUGUUAUCUCUUUGUGGAGACCAGGCUCUCCGGGAGCUCUCAUCUCCUGGUAAGAGUGGAAGCUUCUUUUAUCUCACGAGCAACGACCAGUACAUGAUAAAGACAAUGAAGAAAUCUGAAGUGAAGAUAUUUCUGAAGAUGCUUCGAGCUUAUUAUAAUCAUGUCAGAGCAUUUGAGAACACUCUAGUCACAAAGUUUUUUGGUCUUCACUGUGUCAAAUUAGCUGGAGCUAACCAAAAGAAGGUCCGUUUUGUCAUAAUGGGAAAUCUAUUCUGCUCCGAUUACUCUAUUCAUAGGCGAUUCGACCUGAAAGGUUCAUCCCUUGGACGUACAACUGAUAAGCCACAGACAGAGAUUGAUGAGUACACUACUCUGAAGGAUCUUGAUCUCAACUUUAUAUUUCGAUUGCAAAAACAUUGGUACCAAGAGUUCCAAAGACAAGUCGACAGGGACUGCGAGUUUCUGGAGCAGGAAAAUAUCAUGGAUUAUAGUCUUCUGGUUGGUGUACAUUUUAGGGAUACUAGGGAUAGGCUAUUGACCGGAGGUUCAUUUGAUAGUGACAGCAGCAGAGGAUCGUCGCCUCACUUGUCUAGAGGAGAUACGGAUCCAAACAGGUUAGCCAAGAUAAAACUUGGGUCAAACAUGCCGACAAGAGCUGAACGGACAAUAAGAAAGAGUGACUGUGAAGUGCAGAUUAUGGGAGAGCCUACCGGGGAGUUCUACGACGUCAUACUAUAUUUUGGGAUCAUAGACAUACUCCAAGAUUACGAUAUCAGUAAAAAGCUUGAGCAUGCGUACAAGUCUUUCCAAUAUGACCCAACAUCCAUUUCGGCAGUCGAUCCGAAGCAGUACUCGAGACGCUUCAGAGAUUUCGUAUUCAAAGCGUUCCAAGAAGACAAGUUCGACUUGUGAAGACACAUGGAAGCUUGGGUGUGGGAGCUACCGUUGCCGCUGACACAGAUAACCAGUGUUUGAAAUGUAGUGACAUCCAUGGCACUGCUCGCAUCGCAUCGCAUCGCAUUGCAUUGCAUUGCAGCAGAGUUUUGCUACUUCCACACCAGACUGCAGCGCACGACAGAAGCUUCAGAAGAAGUCGUCAGAUUGAUGAAGCCCCCUGCCUGCGGACUCUGAUGAGGGAUUCAGCUGGCACUCAUGUAUAGAGAAAUAAGGCUCCAAUUCGAGAUGUCGGUGCAUUUCAAUAAGCAGGUUCAACAGUAUUUUUCAUAAAAACAGUCGUUUGGCAAACUGCUCUCGCGCAGCUGCAUUUCUACAGCUGCUAUGUCACACUGCACCGUGUGGUGUGGUGUGGCAUAGCGCGGCGAUGGCAAGCUAUGCCUAAGAAAAAGUAUACAUACAUGCAUAUAGAAAUCGCUGAUAUUAGUGUAGAAGCUGACAACCUACAGAGAAAUUUGUAAUGACAGUUCAGGGAUGUAAAUCUUUUUACGAGGCAACAGGUCACAGUUCUUAUUAUCUGGUAGUGCUAGUAGCGUGCAUUGAAUAUAUUCUCUGAUGGAAUUGUCUUGGGUUGGAUGA